AUGAAACGUAAAUAUUUUUACGCGGAAAGUGCGAACGUGUAUCCGGGAAUCGUGACGAGAAACAAUACGAUUUUAGAAUAUGAAAAAUUCGUACAGAGAACAUUUUUCCCCUACAUAAUACAUCCCUACAGUCAUUUUCGCGUGACGUUUCAAAAAGUGAUCAUCAUUAUCAUCGUCAUCGAAUUGUACACGUUAUCGAUCGCGACUCCCGCACUCCCGUUGGAACAUUGGUCGAAUUAUUUUUUACGUUUGAUGUUUUCAUUCGUCAAUUACGUCGACAUAGUAAUGAGUUUCGUGACCGGAUACAUCGACAAGACGACGGAAAUCGCAAUACUCGAACCUCGGAAGAUAAUCAAAAGAUACCUCCUGACAUUUUUCACCGUUGAAAUGAUAUCAUCGUUUCCGUUCGAAGUCGUCAUAAAACUCUCGCCGAUAUGUAAGGAAUUCACGGAAGAAUGUCUCGUGCUAUUGUUUCUAUGUCCGCAAUUCACGUACCUCCAUCAAGUCUCGAAAAUAAUGAUGUGGAACGUUUAUCUGACGAAUUUGGUGAGUUCGACGUUCGGUUUCAUGAUAUUGCUUCUCUUCGCAACGAACAUAAAUUCAAUACUGACGGUAUCCGAUAACAGAAUCGAUUUCGAUUACAUAGCCGUUGAUCUACCCUCGGAAAUUUUCGAAAUCAUCAUCAACAAUUUGAGACACUACGUCGAUGCUUUUCUCGAUCUUUUACUCGUCGCACUGUACGUGGAAAAAUAUUUCGAAGAUGAAAAAGUACUUUUCCGCAUCGAUUUGUUGGUGUUUGAUUUUUUCGCCAACAUAAUAUUCAUGUCGUAUUUCAUGGAGUACAUUCUAACGAAAUUAUCGUCCAAGGAAAAAUUUCUAGACAUUGAAAGUAAAGUUUUGACGUUCGAAAAAACGAGACACUUGUCGAGAACGCUGGAAAUCAAAACUCUUUUAUACUAUCAAAUAAUAUCCGAGAAUAAGGGAUAUAGAGAAGAUGAAAUAUUCGAUUACAUACCGGAUUCGUUUAAAGCCGACAUUUUUUUUCACAUAUGUUUGCCGCUAUUGAAACAUUAUUACGCAUUUGAAAAUUUGCCGACGUUCGUCCUGAGGAGAAUGGCGGAAUGCAUGAAAUAUCAAUUACAUUUGCCCAACGAAGUCGUCAUGAAAAAAUUCGAAACCGUUUUGAAAAUGUUUUUCGUACACACCGGAACCGUGGCAUUGUAUUCGUCAAAACACGUGGAAUUAUAUCAUUUCGGCGACGGAACUUCAUUUAACGGUAGAAAUUUCAUUUUGGGUCUUUCCACAACCGGAAGUUACGCGAUAUCCGUCGAAGUUGCCGAAGUUUACAUUUUACAUCACGAUGAUUUUUUAGAUAUUAUGAAACACUAUCCCUAUUUGUUUGAGAAAAUUCAAAAAAAAAUCAUUUACGAACCGGAAAAUAAUUUGGAAGUCGAAGCGUGA